AAGACUUAAAAAAUUGAAGGAAAAUCAUCCCUGUGUACGGAGUACAGAAAUUUCUCAAAAUCUCAGAUCUAAGCUGUUCAAGAAUCCAAUUCCUUUUGAUGAAGUCAAUCACCUGAAAAUCUUCAAGCGUCGAAAUUUAGCGAACUUUGAGCACUUAUAAGCCAUGGUAAAGGACACUGAAUACUAUGAUAUCUUGGGGGUCAGCAUAGAUGCCACUCCUGCAGAUAUCAAGAAAGCUUACUACAUCAAGGCAAGGGUAGUACACCCAGAUAAAAACCAUGGGGAUCCGCAAGCUGCUCAAAAGUUUCAGGUGCUUGGAGAGGCAUAUCAGGUCCUGAGUGAUCCAAACAAGCGUGAAACCUAUGACAAAUAUGGGAAAGAGGGUGUUCAGCAGGAAACAAUGGUCGACCCUGCAGCAGUUUUUGGAAUGCUAUUUGGGAGUGAUAUCUUUGAAGAUUAUGUAGGGCAACUUUUAUUGGCUUCUUUGUCAGUUGUUGAAGUUGAAGAGGAAUCUACUACUCCUGAGAAUCGUAAUAAGAAUGUUCAGGAAAAAUUAAAGGCUUUACAGAAGGAAAGAGAAGAGAAGCUUGUAGCAAACUUGAAGAAUCAUCUUCAACCAUAUGUCGAAGGUCGUGUCGACGAAUUUUUAAGUUGGGCCAAAUCAGAAGCAAGCCGUCUUUCAGAAGCUGCGUUUGGGGAGGCUAUGCUUCAUACUAUUGGUUAUAUCUACACAAGGCAAGCUGCUAAAGAAAUAGGGAAGGACAUACGUUUCAUGAAGAUGCCGUUUUUAGCUGAAUGGGUACGAGAUAAAGGCCACCGCAUAAAGUCCCAAGUUGGUGCUGCUUCAGGUGCCAUCUCUUUGCUUCAAAUACAAGAGGAGAUGAAGAGGUCGGCUGAGGGAGAGAGUAAUGAAGAAAGUGUGAUCAAGGCUCUGGAGGAGAAGAAAGAUGUGAUGCUUAAUUCCCUCUGGCAGAUUAAUGUUGUUGAUAUUGAAACUACCUUGUCCCACGUUUGUCAAGCAGUCCUUAGAGAUUCGAGUGCUACAAAGGAUGUUCUCAAGAUGCGCGCCAAGGCAAUGAAGAAGUUGGGAACAAUUUUUCAAGGUGCAAAGGCAAAUUAUUCAAGAGAAAGCAGCUUGCGCCAUGAAAGCACCAAAGUCGUCCUAGAUAGCCGAGGUGGCUCAUCAUCUACAAAGUGAGCUAGGGUAAUCUUCUUUCAAUUCAUAUUGUGUUAAUAUUUGGUUGUGGGCUAAUGGCACAUGCGAGCUUGGUGCACAUAGCUGUUUAAAUGGUUCAUAUAUUGUUUUGUAUGCAUGCGCACGUACUAUUGGUGGUGAUUCAUUGUUUUUUUCGCGAUGUAGCUGUGGUCUAUAUG